AUGCGGAGAUUUGUUGAACAGGAGUUUCUUCGUUCAAGCCAUGCCCGAAGGCGGUAUUGGGCAAGAAGCUAUGCUGGAUGGAGACGAUUCACUGCAGCUCGGCCCAGUGCAGCCCAUAUUGCUUUAGCAUCUCUAGAGAAAGCCAGCCGCAUAAAUUUUAUGAUAACACAAAAUGUUGACCGGUUGCAUCAUCGUGCAGGUAGCAACCCACUUGAAUUACAUGGGACGGUGUAUAUUGUUGUUUGCUUAGACUGCGGUUUUUCUUUUUGUCGGAAUUUAUUUCAAGAGGAAGUGAAGGCCUUUAAUCCUAAGGUUAGUCUUCUAAUGUAA